AUGUCUGACGAGCAAUUCUAUCCCGGCUAUUCAGGCAAGUUUGGUGAUAGCAAACAUAAAAAGGCCAAUAUAGAAUUCUUAAAGAAAAACCGCGCUAUAGUCUGUGAAUCACCACCAUUUACAAACGACUGGGCAGGACUCAACGGCAGGUGGUUUGAAAGAUUUUUGCAAGCAGUAAAGUCCAUGAAUUUGCCUAACUCAACGUCGGUUAUUGAAGAAUUUGAAAAAAAGAACGUAAGCGACCUAUUUCCUGAUUCCGGAUCAUGGGCAAUUUUCCCCAGUCCUCAUUAUUUGCGACAUGGUCUAGUUUUGCUUUUAAAUUGUAUUACAUAUUAUUUUUGGCAGGAUGUUCGUCCAUACUGGGAGGAUGUGAUAGAUGAACGCAAAAAGGCAGGCGCAGUGGAGAAUAUUGGAGAAGAGAUUGAGGAUGAUAUCAAAUCUCCAACAAAAAAGCUCAGGAUGGAUACAGGAAAGAUACCGGAGCCAGCAGAAAACAGAGAACGAUUCAUACAAUUAUUUGGUGAUUUGUAUAUUGGAAAAAAUCCAACGCUACUGGCUACUUCAUUUCUUAUUCUCGAACUCAAUUUUUCUGGGCUUCGAACUAACGAAACAUACGAAAUUUUUAAUACUAAUUUUCAUACUGUUCUGAAUAUUCAUAUGUCGUGGUUUAUGGAACAAUAUCAGCACGAAUUGGGACGAUAUUUUCAAGUAAUUGAUGAAAAUGCCGAUGCCUUAGCAAAUCUCCUGAGGUUAUUAAAAGCGCUCUAUGUUUUUAUUGAUGAAUAUGACGCAAGUAUGAAUGAAGCUCUCAGAAACGAAACUAUUUAUCAAAAUUUUACAAAUCAUCAAAAAAAGGAAAAUGCCACCAUUAAAAACAAAAUCGAACUAAUUGAAAGUUCGUUCAAACAGUUCUUUAGUUGUUUAAAAACAGCUUGUGAUAAGGGUAUUGCCUAUGUUUUUCAGACUGGCGUGACCCCAAUUGUCAUGGCUGAAUUUACUUCAGGUUUCAAUAUUUCUUCAGAUUUGGCAUUACUAGAUGAAUUUUGGGAUCUGCAUGGGUUUAAGAAAUCUGAAGUUGAAUUUCUCUUAGAUAAUAUUUUCGGAAAUAGUUUUUCAUUCGAUAUUAAAAAUGGAAUAAUGAAAUGGCUAAAAGAUGAAUAUGCUGGAUAUUAUUUUAAUCCUGAUCAACAAGAAAAAUUUGUAACAGAAGCUCUCAAAAUUCAUGAUUGGAAACAUGAUGAUUUAACAUCUGUACGGCAAUGUUUACAAAUUUUGGAAGGAAAUGGCGACAUUAACCCAUUAUGUCGAUUUGUUGAACAAGUACUACUUAAACCCUUGAAGGAUAAUAGCAUUAAACACUCAAAUGAGGAAGCGUUGAAACAGGCAUUUUUGGAUGCUUUAGUUCUCUCUCAUUAUGCAGAUAUUGAACCAGAGUUUCAGAUCUAUUUUCAGAGUAAUUAUUCAUAUGGAAGAGCAAUUGAUUUAGUGAAGACAAGCACUGGAAAAAGGAUUGCAAUCGAAUUUGAUAAUAUCAAGAUGGAGUGUAUCAAGUUGGAUGGAGUUCGAGAUAGUUGGCAAGAAGCGACUCGAAUCUCCCUAUCAUUAAUGACGAAAUUAGAAGAUGAAAUUUUAAACCUUGAAAUUAAUGAUCCAUACCGGCUAAAUCAAAAGACAAUUCGUGAAGCUUUGGAAUGGAAAAUUAAAAAGAAAUGCAAUGAAUAUUUAGAGCCAUUAAAAAAACGGUAUGAUGCGGAGUUAAAAUGUAUGUUUAUUGUUUUGAGAGUAG